AUGAGGAAAGCGACCAAUAACCACGUUCUUGGGAGCUACAACGUGGAAUCCAGGGUCUAUUCGGCUACCAACAGCCUUCCCCUGGGUGUAACCUCCUCCCUUAGACUCAACCACUCCAAUCAUACGGGUUCAAAUCAUACCUACCUGAAAAACACCUACAAGAAGAGUCUCUCCGAGCCCGAGGAGGAGCUUCUGCAGCAGUUCAAACGAGAGGAGGUAUCCACCACCGGAGGCUUCAGUGCACAUUACCUGUCCAUGUUCCUCUUAACUGCUGCAUGCUUGUUCUUUCUGAUACUGGGAUUCACGUACCUGAGAAUGAGAGGUUCUGGAGUAGCUGAGGAUGUAGAAGUCAACAUUAAACAUCCCUUCAGCGGUAAACUACAAAAAAUACAAGAAGAUGAAAUAAGUCUCAUGAUGAACAGCUUAUAUGCACUUCAUGAUAAAUUGGCACAAGUAGCAGGGGAACAUGAAUGUGGCAGCUCUAAUCAAAGAAACCUUACCGUCCAGGAGGCAGCUGCAUAUUUGAAAAGCUUAGAUCCAGAAUACGAAAGUGUACUUAACACAUCACUACAAUGGAUCUUGAAUAGUGGGGAAGAUGUUGGCAUAAAGUGUCUCAGCAAUGACCCAAAUGAGAUAAACGUCACUAAUGUGAUAAAUGUGAAAUAUCUGGAAUCCACUAGUCCAAAGAUGUCUUUCAGGUGUCGUUUUCGACGUGCAUUUGUUAACGUGACUCAUAGAUUAUCAAUACUACUUUUGGGUGUAGCAAUGGUAUGGGGAGUCUUGCACUACAUGAAAUAUCGUUGGGCAAAAGAGGAAGAGGAGACGAGGCAGAUGUAUGAUAUGGUGGUAAAAAUCAUAGAUGUUCUAAGAAGUCACAGUGAGGCUUGUUCUGAAAAUAAAGACUUGCAGCCUUACAUGCCUAUUCCACACGUGCGUGAUUCUCUAAUACCCCCUCAGGACAGGAAGAAAAUGAGGAAAGUCUGGAAUAGAGCAGUUGACUUCCUCGCAGCAAAUGAAUCUAGAGUUCUCACCGAGACGCAAAGAAUAGGUGGUGCUGAGUUCUUGGUUUGGAAGUGGAUGCAGCCUUCUGCAGCAUGUGACAAAAUUUUAGUAAUCCCAUCGAAAGUGUGGCAAGGCCAAGCAUUUCAUCUAGAUAGAAGAAAUUCCCCACCAAACAGCUUGACACCAUGUCUAAAGAUUCGCAAUAUGUUUGAUCCAGUUAUGGAAAUAGGUGAUCACUGGCAUUUAGCAAUUCAAGAAGCAAUCCUGGAGAAAUGCAGUGAUAAUGAUGGAAUUGUUCAUAUUGCUGUUGACAAAAAUUCACGUGAGGGUUGUGUAUAUGUCAAGUGUCUGUCUCCAGAGUAUGCUGGAAAGGCUUUUAAGGCAUUACAUGGCUCUUGGUUUGAUGGAAAGCUGGUAACAGUAAAAUACCUGCGGCUAGACCGAUACCAUCACCGUUUCCCCCAGGCUCUUACUUGCAACACUCCCCUGAAGCCAUCAAACAAACACAUGAACUCUAUGUCACAUCUCCGUCUUCGGACAGGCACAACUAACUCUCAGGGAGGUUCCUGAGAAGACUUUCUACAACCGCUAGGACUGUUACUUGCAACAGGAGAAUUCCUGUUUGGCUGCCGUCUUCCUUUUUUAGUGCUUUUUGUAUGUAAUACUUUAAUGGAUUAAAUAAAAGUUUUGAACGUUCCAGAAAUCUCAUUUCCAAAGGGACUUAGCAGUGAGGCAGUAAUACUGAGCUAUGAAGAGAAGUUGCUUCAGGAAGUUUAGGGGGGAGGGGAGGGCUCUAGUAAACCAAUGCAUUUAAGUUUUGCAUGAGGAAUACCGAGUUCAUUAAACCUUUUCAGAUGUGGUGACUGUAUUUUUGCACCAAGAAGUGUUUUUGAUAAUAACAAAAGCAUGGAGAAAAGAAGACUUCCUGUAUUUCCAUAGUUUCCUGUGAAAUAAUCUUGUGGGUAUUUUGUAACAACCAACCUACAGUUCCUGAUGGUGAGUAACUUAAAACUUUUUGUUUUCAGUCAAUAUUAGGGUUUUGUUGCUGUAAAAGAAUCAUUUUCUGCGGCUAAGAUAUGAGGAAAGUUAACCUGGCAUUGGUGGUUGCAUAUAAGUGUGAGGGAAAACAGGCUGAAUGUGGAUAUACUGGGUUUUGUAUAUAAAUUGUAGAUGCUGGUGGUGGAAAAAAUGGCUGUGUUAUGUGAGGAUGUCUCCAUUGAAGCAAUGAAUAAGCUUCCUAUUUUAUUCAAAACCUAAUGUUUUAUAUGGUUUUGGCUGUACCGUGACAAGAGGCCAAACACCUUAAAGUGUUAGAUACAAGUUAAAUAUCUUUUAUAGGUUUUAUAUUAAAAUAUCUGACUAUGAUUUUGUGUGAAAGGUCUGAUACCAAUUGUAAUGAAUUCAAAUUUGUGAGCAAUAAAGAAGCAAUUGGCAGAUACUGGAAAAAUAUUUUGUGAAAAGCUGUAUUUAUUACUACAGUUGCCAGGGCUGUGACAAAAUACCAUUGGGACUAAGUGACUUUCCAAAUACAACUAUAACUUGUUUUAAUUAACCAAUUUACCCAUUGAAAUUUAAAAAGGUACGUGCUUCUUUGCAACAAUUUUGACUGGUGCAGACUAGAAAUAAUGGCAGGUGUUCAGCUGAAAGUAACUAUUGUGAUUCCAAGCCUGUACCUCUAUUAACAUUUUGUUAUUAACUACAAAAUUGUUGCUGAGAAAUUUAGUUGCAAAUCUAAGACUAUUGGUUUUACUAAUGCCCACUCCUACAACUCUGUUGUGUCUAAUUACCCAGCUGAAUAUUCCAUAGGUGGUGAGACUGAAAAGUGCAACAGUCCAGUGAAUUUUAUUGAAACUCACUUUAUUUUGUAGAUACAAUGGAUUUACAGCAUGAACUUGCACAACUAAUGCACGUUUUUCUUAUGGUUAAGUAACAUGCACACUAUUCUGCAACAGAAAACCCUCUUGUGCCUUACCUUUGUGCUUUUGUGGGCACCAUGUUUAAUAUUGGAGAGUUUGUUAACCGAAAAAAAAAAAAAUUCUUAGUUUUAUGUCUCAGAUGCUAAUGAAUGAGUAUAUGUAAUAUAUUAUCAGCCAUGCAGAACUCUACUUACCAAGGACAAGUACAUAUUUUUGAUGGGUGAGUAGAUUUUGUGCCAGGUCUGGUAGAUUUUUGAUGAGUUUUACUAUAUACAUAUAUGUAUAAUAUACAUGUAUAUGUAUUAUAUAUGUAUAUAAACUAAUUUUGUUGUAUUUGAUGUGCAUCAUAGUGAUUUGUUAACCUUAGUGACCCCAUCUUGUGACUUGUUGCAAGAGUGAAUGUACAACUAGCUGUGGCAUUUUAAAAGGUUGCCUUUUGAUGCAGAUGCAUCUUUCUUGCUUCUAAAAUAUAUUUCUUGUAAACACUGUACAUUUCAUUAUUGUAAUAUGACUAUUAUGCAGCUUCUUUUACCAAAACUGUUGACUAAUCUCCCUUCCUGUAAGACAGAGGGGAAUGUGUAUAAUAUCAGAACAUUUGAGAAAAAUCAAAUAUUUGAUGUAACUUGUCACCCUGUCCUGU